AUGAGCCAGAGAUGGUACUUUGCAUACAAGACGACAUCUGGAUGUAAUCUGACUGAAGUCAAUGUGGAAGGAAAUGACAAAUACAACACGGCUAACUUCACGCUAAAAAUAACCAAUCUGACAGAGAGUGAUGCAAAGAUUUACUGCUACGGUGACAAAACAAACCCACAGUCGUGCUGGGAAAAUGCUGUCAACCUCCAAGUGACAGACGUGCAGGUAAAGGUGCUUCCUUCAACACAGGGUGAGGCAGUGACACUGGUGUGUAGCACCAGCUGUUCUCUGACUAAUUACACCUGGUAUAAAAACACAAAGUAUGUCUAUGAGGACGCAUCUCCCUGGUACCAAGAGCUGGUCAGCAGUGAUGAAGCAGUCACGUACUCCUGUAGUACUAAAGAUUACAAGGAUGUCAGAGCCCCUGAAGUCUCAGGAACAGAUGAAGUGACAUUCUUUUAUCAUCCUUCAACAAAGGUACGUGUUCAAAGGACUCCUCCAAAUGGAGGCCGUGUCAGUCUAACAUGUAACACCAGCUGUUCUCUGUCUGAACCUCAACCUGCCUUCUCAUGGUACAAGAACAGACAAAACGACACUAUUCAGUCUAAAUAUCCCAGCUCUUCUCCCGAUACCUUCUCCUGUGCUGUAAAAGAACAUGAGAGAUUACUUUCUGCUGAAGUUUGUGUUGUAGAAAAGAACUGCUGGACAGUGAACUACGUCAGCAGGAGAAUCUGUGCUCUAGAAGGUUCAUCAGUGAACAUUUCUAGUGAAUAUUCACAUCCUGAGAACCAAAAGCCAAACUUCAAAGUUUGGUAUAAAAUAAAGGAACAAGCUGAAAAUCUGACAGAGGCUGCAGGCCGAGUGGAGUGGAGGGAAACAGAUAAGAAUCACCACAUCCUGACGUUCAAGAAGGUGAAGAAGAAUGACUCAGCAGAAUACGCAUUCAGAGCCCACACAGGCGAACCAGCAGAGAGAAGGUCGGACGUACCAGGAGUGACUCUGGUUGUCACAGACCUGAGAGUGAAGUUUGCUCCUUCUCGGGAGGUGACGGAGGGCGACAGAGUCACACUGACCUGCGCUACCAGCUGUCCCCUGACCAACAACACAAACUACCUUUGGUACCGGAACGGACGACCUCUGACCCCGACAGAGACACACAAGCACCUUGUUCUGGACCCAGUCAGCCGUCAGCAGGCAGGAAGCUACUCCUGUGGAGUCCAAACCCACAAAGACAAGCGCUCGAAAGAAAAGUCUCUCACUGUCCAAAGUCUCAGGAGUGUAUUAGUACCAGUAGCUGCAGGCGCUGCAGCUGUGGUCCUGGUUAUAAUCGCUGUCACUGUCUGCUGCUGGAUCAGAACAAAGAGGACUUUGGAGCAACCUUCCACAAGUGGAGCAGGUGAAAUCACAGUGCAGCAGCUUGAUUCUGGCCCCUUGUAUAACAACAUCUGUGCUCAGCCAACACUUCAGGAGGAGCAUCACUAUGGAAGACUGGUCUUCUCUAAGGACCACACAGAGGAUCUCUACUCCACCAUGAAUGCAGCCGUCUGAACUGAGACCAGUGCUGCUAUAUUGAAGAAAACGUUCCCAGGAUGAAUUUAAUAAGCAGAAGGACAAUAUUAUAGAGAAACACAUGUUCCUCCUGAUUUUCCAGACUUUCAUUGUUUGUUUCUUAGAUUACAGAUUAACCUGUAACAGCUCAGACUAAACAUGGAUCUGACAGGUUGGACUUUAUGAAGCAUCUCUGAUCAAAUGCAGUGAUCUAUAAAGACAUUAGUCUGUUGUCAUGGUUCAUCAGAUGUUGAUUGAUGAGAGUCACUGAUAGCAAAUGCACGUAAACAUAAGGAGGCCUGAAAUUUGUCUUAGGCAGCUGCGUUUUUGUACAGUACUAAUAUAAUAUUAUUGCGAAUAUUGUGUUAACACUGUGAACAGUCAUUAUGUAUUUGUCAGUGCUUCUAUAAAGAACAAGUGAAGACAUUUACAUAUUACAUUUACAAUAAUUUAAAUACUCACUGGAAUCAACAGACAUAAGGCUUCAUGUUGCACCACGAGCCAAUUAAGUGUAAGGAAUACAGUAACGACCUAGAGAAAACACCGAAUAAUGAUAAUGUUCUUUUCUCUACUUGUACCUAAUGUUUUAUUGUAUGUCAUCCUACAUUUUGUAUUGACUGAUGAACUUUGUGCCCCACCUCAUGCUUUCCAUGUAAGAAGAGCAACCAAUUAUAAUAAAAGGAGUGUUGGUUUGACUACACGGAUGCAGGCACCAACCACACACAGACCUGUUGUAAAGAAACUGCUGAUAAUUCAGACAUUUUGAGAGUAAAGUUUUAAUUAUUAUUAAUUGUUAUGUAUUAUAUGUUGUAAACUGUUAAAAGGUUGAUGUAUGAUGAUGUAUGAUAUGUAUAAAAAAAUAU